UGCAGAUUUUGCCAAAUCUAAUAACUACUCAGCUUUACAUGCACUUGAUAUCGUGUUUCAUCCUGUGGCUCAUCUACAUAUUUGAGGUAUUCACUCAUCGUGACAGAGAUGAACAUACCGCGGUGUUGCUGUCCUCACUGGCAUCCUGGUGUUGGAAGAUUAAAUGGCAAGAUAUCACCUAUGGAGUCAUGCAGAGAGUGAGGGAGGACAUGGGAGGAGGUGACAGGAGGAGUUACUGUAUAUGAUAGACCGUGACACUAAUUACAGACAUAGAUGUCUCCAGAGCUUACACCAAACCUGGCGUUAAGCAGUUCUUGCAGUAGAUCUGCAAGAGGAGCACAACAGACGGGAACUGGGCUGAGCACCAUUUAGAGCGCUGGAAUCUAAGAGAAAUGAGGUGCUGACGGGACAAGGAGCACUUGAGAUUUAGCAGCUCAGUGAGAUAACCUUAUCCAGAGCCAUGGAACCCAAGCCUGGCAUGGACUAGAUAAUCCAGAUGGGUUGGAUAUCCAUGUAAGUCAUCACUGUCCUACCGCUCAGGGACCUGGAAUUUGCUGGGUACUUCACCAGAGCCAUGAACUCAGGCAGUGUGUUGCUUGCCCUGAUCGUAACGUUGGGCGCAGUCCUUGUUGCACCUGGCCACACAGGAUUUUGCCCUAAUGAAGACCCACAGCUAGAGCCUUGGAAUCCUGGGCACAAUGAAGCCAACCGUGUGACCAUUGAUGGAAGCAGAAAGCUCCUUCUCACAUCCUCUGCUACAGUACAUUCCAUGCACAUCACCAAUGGAGCUAAACUGGUCAUCCAACCCAGUAAUAAACCCAUCGCUCUUCGCACAAGACAUAUUCUAAUAGAGAAUGGGGGCGAGCUGCACAUUGGGAGUGAAGACUGUCUGUUUAGAGGAAAUCUUACUAUCGUCCUGUAUGGAAGGUCAGACGAUGCUGAACAACCUCAUGAUUAUUUUGGCCAUAAAUAUAUUGGGGUUGGAAAAGGAGGAACCCUUGAGAUUCACGGAGAAAAGAAGAUGUCCUGGACCUUUCUCAACAAAACCCUUCACCCCGGUGGCAUGAGUGAGGGUGGGUACUUCUUUGAAAAGAGCUGGGGGCACCGUGGCAUCAUUGUCCAUGCUAUUGACCCAAAGACCGGAGAGGUGAUUCAUUCAGAUAGGUUUGAUACAUACAAAUCCAAAGAUGAGAGCACCCGUCUGUCUCAAUACCUAAGGUCGGUUCCAGAUGGCACUAUCCUAUCAGUGGCUGUGAAUGACGAGGGAUCGCGAUAUCUGGACGAUUCAGCACGGAAAGCAAUGACCAGACUGGGCAGUAAACAUUUCUUGCAUCUUGGCUUCCGCCACCCUUGGAGUUUUAUCUCAGUGAAAGGAGACCCAUCCAGCUCUGUGGAAGACCACGUGGAAUACCAAGGAAGCAGAGGGUCCGCAGCGGCUAAAGUACACAAACUUUUCCAGGCUGAAAAUGGUGAACAAUUUAACGUCUCUUCAACCAGUGAAUGGGUCCAGGAUGUAGAGUGGACUGAAUGGUUAGACAAGUAUGAAAAAGCGAGACCCAGAGACUGGGAGAAGUUGUCUGAGCUGAGGGCAGCGAAUCCUGGCACGGUGUGCACAAAUCCUAUUGAUAUCCAGGUAACAACAGUCGACGGAUCCAGUAUACCCAUACAAGUCACGUACAAAGGCGGUCAUGAUUAUAGGUUUGAGUGUCAGCAGAACAAUCAGGUCCAUUCUCCGUGCCCAGACUACAAGGUCCGAUUCCUAUGCGGAAAGACGGUGAAGCCAAGACUGACAGUGACUAUAGAUACCAACGUGAACAGUACAGUUCUGAAUUUGGCGGACAACGCUCAGUCAUGGAAACCUGGGGACGUUAUUAUUGUAGCCAGUACGGAUUAUUCUAUGUAUCAGGCGGAAGAGUUCCAGAUAAUCCCAUGUAGAACCUGUUCUCCCAACCAGGUCAAAGUGGAAGGGAAAGCUAAGUAUCUCCAUAUUGGGGAAGAGAUGGACGGAGUAGAUAUGAGAGGUGAAGUUGGACUCCUCAGCAGGAAUAUUUUGAUUUAUGGUGAAAUGGAGCCUCAGUGCUACAACAGCACUGUGUGUAGAUAUUUUGACUUUGACACAUUUGGUGGUCACGUGAAGAUCGGACAUGGCUUUAAGGCUGUUCAUAUUGAAGGAGUGGAACUCAAGCACAUGGGACAGCAGACAAUGGGGCACUACCCCAUACACUUCCACACAGCUGGUGAUGUGGAUGAAAAAGGAGGGUAUUUUCCUCCUACCUACAUAAAAGAGAUCUCCAUCCACCAUGCCUUUUCACGUUGUGUAACAGUACAUGGAUCCAAUGGAUUGCUGGUAAAGGAUGUUGUGGGUUAUGACACCCUUGGCCAUUGUUUCUUCACCGAAGACGGUCCGGAAGAGCGCAACACUUUUGACCAUUGUUUGGGACUUCUUAUCAAGUCCGGGACUUUGCUGCCUUCAGACAGAGAUAGUAGAAUGUGUAAAACUAUCACCGAAGGCGCUUAUCCAGGAUAUGUUGCCAAGCCUAGGCAAGACUGCAAUGCUGUGUCUACCUUCUGGAUGGCAAACCCCAACAACAACCUCAUCAACUGCUCAGCUGCAGGAUCAGAAGAAACUGGAUUUUGGUUCAUCUUCCAUCAUGUGCCAACGGGACCAUCUGAAGGGUUGUACCCUCCUGGGCGUUCUGAACACACGCCUCUUGGAAAAUUUGAGAAUAACCGCGCUCAUUCCAACUACAGGGCUGGAAUGAUCAUCGAUAAUGGAGUUAAAACUACUGAAGCCAAUGAUAAAGACAAGAGACCAAUCCUCACCCUGGUUGGAGCAAGGUAUGGCCCGCAUAAAGACGCAGAUCCUUUUAAGCCCAGAGUGCCUGCAAUAAUCCACCAUUUUAUUGCCUACAAGAAUCAAGACCAUGGAGCCUGGUUGCGUGGAGGAGACGUUUGGCUGGAUGACUGCCAAUUUUCUGAUAAUGGGAUUGGUCUAACUCUGGCUAGCGGAGGAACGUUUCCUGAUGAUGAUGGGUCUAAGCAAGAAAUCAAAAACAGUAUAUUUGUUGGUGAGAGUAAUAAUGUUGGGACCGAAUCUAUGGAUAACCCUGUAUGGGGUCCUGGAGGAUUUGACCACAGUGGAAGGACCCUUCCGAGAGGCCAAAACUUUCCCAUUCGUGGCGUUCAGAUCUAUGAUGGACCGAUCAAUAUUGAAAACUGCACCUUUCGCAAAUUUGUCUCGUUGGAGGGUCGUCACACCAGCGCAAUUGGGUUCCGUCUGAAUAACUCCUGGCAGAGCUGUCCAAACAAUAAUCUGACCAACAUCAUAUUUCAAGAUGUGCCUAUUUAUUCAAGAGUUUUCUUUGGAGAACCAGGACCCUGGUUUAAUCAAAUGAACUUAGAUGGAGACAAGACUACAGUUUUCCAUGAUGUUGAUGGUUCGGUGUCAGAAUAUCCCGGAGCGUUUUUGGUGAAGGAGGAUAACUGGUUGUUGAGACAUCCUGAGUGCAUUGACGUUCCUGACUGGAAGGGGGCUGUUUGCAACGGAAAGUAUGCCCAGAUUUAUAUCCAAGCUCGAAGACCAGCUGACUUGAGAAUGAAGAUUAUUAAGGAUGAAUACCCAGAUCAUCCUCUGCAUUUAGAGGGCGCGUUGGGUAAAAGUAACCAUUACCAACAGUACCAGCCUGUGGUCACACUGCAAAAGGGCUACACUGUGCACUGGGAUAAGACCGCCCCCGAGGAACUCACAGUUUGGCUUAUCAAUUUUCAGAGAAACGACUGGAUUCAAAUCGGAUUUUGUUAUCCUAGAGGGACAACUUUUUCCAUCCUCUCAGACAUCCAUAAUCGUCUGACAAAACAAACAUACAAGACGGGAACCUUUGUACGAACCUUCCAAAUGGACAAAGUGCAACAGACCUACCCCAACAGAGGCUAUUAUUACUGGGAUGAAGAUUCUGGGCUGCUGUUCCUGACUGUGAAAGGCCACAAUGAAAAGGAGAAGUUUUCUUUCUGCUCUGUUAAAGGUUGCGAGAGGAUAAAAAUCAAAGCUCAGAUACCAAAGGGCUCCGGUGUUAGUGACUGCCAAGCCACCGCUUACCCCAGAUAUGCCCAGACUCCCGUUGUGGAUCUACCCCUUCCAAAGAAGCUGAAUAAUAACCUCUUGAAGUCAAAAGACCACUUUCUGGAGAUAAAAGUGGAAGCGUACAACACCAGAUACUACCACCUAAAGGAUGACUUUGCAUACAUUGAGGUGGACAGUAAAAAGUUUUUUGUGCCAGAAGAUGGAAUACAAGUGGUGGUUAUAGACGGCAAACUGGGCAAGAUUGUGGACAAUGCCAGCUUCAAAAUGUCCAUACUCCAAGGAAUUCCAGCACAAUUAGACAAUUACGUGACAAACAUCAAAGACAACUCAGUCGUGGUUAUCGUAUCCAAAGGAAGACUGUAUUCUAAAGGACCGUGGAUCAAGGUGCUGGGGAAACUUGGAGCGCAAAGAGAUCUCAAACUCAAAGAUAAAAUGGCCUUUGUUGGAUAUAAGGGUCAAUUCCGACCGGUCUGGAUCAAGAUGAUUACGGAUGAUGAAGCCGUAAAGAUCUUUCAGGCAGUCCCUUUUCCUGUGGAAAACAAAAUGAGAUUAUGAAGCUAAGUGGUCUGGCUGUAAUAUUACUGGCGGGACGGAGAAGACUGUAAACUCUGUUCUGAUGAGACGGGACACGCUAUCACCCCAGCAAUCUCCGCACCGGCUGUACCUUUGCUCUAAAGACUGCAGCAGGCAAUCCCUUGUGCUCACAGUGCUGGCAUCGUACAUGAGCGGUCGAAGGCGGAGGGAACAAUAUUUCUUGUUUUUAGCACAAAGACUACAGCCCACUAAACCUGUCCUUCACGAGAAAGCUCCUUGCUUGCUUUCAUUCGCCGGCACGAGAUAACUAAUCAUGCAAUUAAUGGUUCGAUGUACUACACUGAGGCUGGUGUUCUGAGGUCGUAUUUGGAAUCUGUUUGUGUCAAACAGGCUUAGCAAAAUGUUUAGUAGAUGUUUAUGUGUAUAUAUGGUGCCUGUGGUGAUCUCCGUCAGUGAAUAUGAUGCGUUAUCAGAAUAACAUUUAAAAGUCAGCACAAAAUCGGCCAGCCAUUUAAGUGCUUAAAAGAGUUCCAAAGAGGGUAAUACAUACCAAGGUGUGCGUUGCAGCGGUUUGCAGCGACACCUUGUGAAAAUGAGCUGAUCUUAAGUGAUUAUUAGGAUCUUGGAAACUAGACAACACUGUAUGCCCAGCUUUAGCCAAAAAGGAAAGGGGCUUUCUCAACCAUUUGUCUACCCCCUGUCAUUCUACAAUGCACUUGG